AUCUUAACUAUAGCUCGCAAUCGCUCGGACAUGGAUGCGGUGAGCGCUCUCGGCGUUGCGGCGGCCGUGGUACAGUUUGCCGACUUCGGCUACCGCCUCAUAAAACGUGCGCAUGAGCUGUAUAAGUCUCCCACUGGCCAAUAUCUGGAACACAUCGAGCUAUCCGUCGUGUCCCAGGAUCUUUUACGCCUCGCCGAUGACAUUGGGGCCAAACUCGGCGAGAAUAAAGGGUCGGCAGCAGAGAUUUAUGUCCGUCUCCAUGGUGAAUGCAUGUCAACCAACGACGAGCUUCAGAGCAUUCUCAGCAAGCUCGAGGCUAAAGGCUCUACUAAAAUUAAACUAGCUGCGGAUAUUAUAAGGGCCAUGUUUAGAGAGGUCGCAGCCGCUAGUGAUAUUGAAAAGCUAGCAAAUCGCCUGGGCGAGAUCCGCCAGCAGAUGAACGUGGCUAUGCUGUAUAUGUUACUGGAUGAAGCCCGGGAAAAUGGCGUAGAGUUGCGUCAGUUUGCGAGGCAACAAGCCAAUAUGAUUGCCACUCUGGAUCGAAUCGACAGCACUACCAAGCAAUUUAGUACGGAUAUCAUUGGCCUCAUCGACAAGUGGCCCAUAAGCAACCAGGCAGAGACAGAUAAAAUGGUGCGUUAUGUGCUUAGCGAUAAGUGGAAUGCAAGCAAAUAUGCAAAGCAAACCGUGUUCGACGAGAAGCAGGAUGAUGGGAAGGUCAACAAAGUGUGUCAGAGUCUAUACUUUGAGUCCAUAAGCCAUCGAGAGACAAGCAUUCCUAAGCGACACAAGGCAACCUUCGAAUGGAUAUUCCGCGAGCCACGGAUAUUGGAAGAUGGCCGUGCUCUUUGGUCAAGCUUUCCGCCCUGGUUGCGAGGAGAUUCCCCAGAUAUCUAUUGGAUUACAGGCAAACCGGGUGCCGGGAAGUCCACGCUAACCAAAUUCAUCUCACAAGACCCAAGGUUUAAAGACUUGUUACAGGAGUGGGCAACUGGGUCCCAGCUCCUGAUUGUUCGCUUUUUCUCUUGGACUUCGGGAGCUAAUAGACUCCAGAAGUCCCAGGAAGGUCUUUUUAAAACACUCCUCUUUGAGGCCAUCCAGCAGCGGCCUCAACUUGUCAUCGACAUCUUCCCUGCUCGGUGGUUUCUUCUCCAAUCCUUUAAUGGAAACAUUAAAUUGCCAGACCUGACGAGGGACGACCUGAAGGUUGGUUUCCGGAAUCUGCUAUCCGCAACCGGGGAUAAAGUGAAACUCACUCUUCUUAUUGACGGCCUGGAUGAGUUUACCGAGGACCAACACGAGGAUCACCGCGAUUUAGUUCGUCUUCUCCGCGACGCCAACGCCGAGCCAGGGGUAAAGAUCUGCAUAAGCAGUCGACCAUGGAACGUCUUUAGGGACGAGUACGGCAACAACCCUAUGUUACAGCUUGAGAACUUAACUAGAGAAGACAUUAAGUCCUUUGUCCAGGAGCAGCUUGAGCUUAGCCCAGGCUACUAUGAUUUCGCCGCGACUGAUCCAGAGGCAGCUCGUAAAAUCAUUACAGACAUUGUGGACAAGUCACAGGGCGUAUUUCUUUGGGUAUCUGUUGUUUCGGGCAUGUUAGAGGCCGCGCUACAGGAAGGGACCAACAUCUCAGACUUACAAGCCACCAUUAAUAACCUCCCGAAAGAGGUUGACAACUUGUUCCGUUACAUCUGGAACCGAACCAGCAAGCGAUUUCGCGCUGAAGCAUCAACAUAUUUCCUGCUUAUGAACACUUGUCGACGGCUGGAAACUGAUCUGUUUGCUCUGACCCUUUGGUUCGGUGAUAAGGAAUUACCCGUUGAUUUUGCCACAGUCAAUCUCACGAGCACCUUUCUGACGGGCGUCAUCAAGUCCUUGGAACGAAAAUUAAUGAGUCGCACCGGAGGCUUGCUGGAGCUUCGUGUGUCUAGCUCUGACGUCCACGCCAAAAAACCGGAAGAUGUUCGCGUGGAUUACAUGCACCGAACGGCAAGCGAUUGGGUCAGUGAUAACUGGGCGAGCAUCGCUUCGGCGGCGGAUCAUAGCUUUAACCCUUUCAUCUUUUUCGUCAAGGGUCAAGCGCUGAGUGUAAUUCUUACCACCAAGCCAACUCUAGACAGAUUUACGCAAUGCAAAUUUACACGACUCACGGGCGUCUACUGGGAGAAUUGGGUGGAAUUUUCAGAUUUUCAAAAUAUUAUUUCGGAUAUGAUGCAGCAGAUCGGGCAGACGUUAUCUUGCGCCAACUUCCUCGAAGUAUCGGCUCGAUUUCCCAUUCAUGCUUAUCUAAAACACAUGAUGCAAGAGAAUCUCGACCUAUUCUCAACCGCAGCUCACUACUAUGGAAUAUUGAAUAACGUUAUAUUCGGUGAAUCCUGGUUUCACGAUCCCGAGGGGCGACUAGAUCUCUUAGACUUCCUGACUCAGGAGAAAUAUCCCCUUCGGCUGGAUUGUCUCUGCAAGACUAAGAAUGAGGUGGAAUACGUAAAUUUUAUAGUAAGCGUGAAAUAUUCGAGGCAGCACCCUUUUUUCACCUACUUCACGCAAGUCAUACAUAUCCUCGAAUCACGAAUCUCUCAGCCCGCUUUGCAAGCCGACCAGAACAGAGCCGCUAUUAGUAGCGGCGGUGGUGAUACAAGCGGAACAUCCGUCGCAAGUGAGCCACAGCACCAAACGCCGAAGCCGAAAUUGAGAGACAAGUUACGAGAGUUCUUUGGGGAGAUUUUUGGUCGUAAGCAAAGUUGA